CCUCAUUGCAGUAUAAAGGCUUACAGCAAUGCCGCACAUAGACACCAUCAACAUGUUCUUGCAAAUGACCGGGUGCACCGACAAUAAGAAAAUGCUUUACUUGACGUACUUCGAAUUUUUAAUUACUUUUUACUAUUUAAUCGCUGCGUACAUAUCGAUCUUGCAUUUUGAAGAGAGCGUGACCAUUCAACUGUUCACAUUACUGUGCAUGUUGAUAGAAUGCGUAAUACUGCUGAACAUCGUUUUUCGUCUUUACCAUCAAAAUCACAUCCGCGAGAUGCUCCAGUACUCGAGACGGAGCGGGAUACCGGACAGUUACCAGUCGAUAAUAAACUUAAUAACCAACUACCAUCUGAUAGCGUCCAACAUGUUCGUGAUUUUCCCGGCCACGUAUACGAUUCUCCACGAUUCGGUACGCGUCGGAGAUCCCUUCACAUUUCCCUUCUUGGACGUAUUACCGAUACAGACCGGCAAUCUAGCAAUCUACGCUUGCAAAUAUAUGGUAUACGCAAUAUCAGUGUAUAUAGCACACAUCGAACUCUGUUUCAUAAACACAACGUUUAUAUAUUACGUGGGCGUUUUGAAACAAAGGUUGGAUACCAUUGUGCAAACGAUCCAAGAAGCUGUAGUAGACGAUGACGAACAAAAAUUUAAAUAUGCAAUCAUCAAACAUCAAAAAUUGCUAACAUAUUUUAAUACAAUGAAGAUAGUAUUUGCAAAACCGAUAUUACUGUCAAUGUCAUUCAAUGCCAUAUAUUUUGGUUUGACUACUUCUUUCGUGAUUCAAGCCAUUCGGGGUUAUAUUAAUCAAGCAAUAUUAUCAAUAUGUAUAGCAAGUAGUGCAGCAGCUGUUAUAAAUAUUACAAUAUAUACUUUUUAUGGAAGUGUACUUUUGGAUUUACAAGAUGAAAUACUACAUGUUCUUUUUGAUAAUGCAUAUUUUUACGUAAACAAAUCAUUUAAAAGUUCUAUUUUAAUAAUGAUGACAAGAGUAACAAUACCAUUAAAUUUUACCGUAGGGUACAUUUUUACCAUCAAUUUAAAUUUACUUCUAAAGAUUGUAAAAAUGUCAUAUACAGUGUUGAACGUGCUACUAUCAUCGGAAACUAUAAAACCUCACAAGCUGUCAUAAUGGGGAAAUAACAUAUACUUAGAUAAGUUUGUAUUUUUGUAAAAUUUUUAAUUUUUAAUUGAAUAUAUAUUUAUCACAGUUCUAAAUAGUUAUUAACAAUAUGUUAUUACAGUUACCUAGGUAUAUAGUUACCGGUCUGCAGAAAAAAAGUCCCGAUCAUUGGAAAAGAAGGUCAUACGUAGUACCUACGUACUCACUUAGUCACGUGAUGCAAGUACCGAAAUACUUAUUCUUGUACAGUGAUUGUACUUUGUAUUUUAUAUUAUUAUUUGACGGAACUGCAGUUAAGUCAGUGUAUUAUAUCACUCAUAUAAUAUGCAAAAUUCACGGAAUGUACAUCAGCCAUCUACUACAUUACCUGUGCUAACUCCUAAGUCCUAAUCCAUCUCUUUUGAUUCGACAUUUGAUAUCCUAGACAUUCGGACAUUAUCUAGUUCAAACUCACAAUCAUGAUAUAAAUUUAAUGAAUUAUUGUAAUAAGUCACUAUAUAAGAAUAACGAGUAAUUAAAUUAUUUUUAAUUAUAUAAGCUAUUAUAACUGUACUUACUAUAUUAUUUACCUAUCUACUGUUACUUUUUACUAGAAUAUAAGAAAUUUAGAAAUAUGAAUGUUUCUACUUUUAAA